AGAGUCAGCUGAAUAAACUCUUAAACAGAACUCUUGUGCUUUCUCGUGACAAUUCCGUUCCAUUCCUAAAGCAGUUGUUAUAGUCAGACAAUAACUGUGGUCCAAGCAACAGCUUGGGGAGUUGGUCAAACAUGAUAUUGGUGGCGAUUUUUGCUAGUUUGGUGUUCACAAACAUUCAUGGGACGUACGGUGUAAACUUAGAACGUUAUCUCAAGGAAGAUAUUCACGUAAGGAAAAUCCGAGCUCCAAAACAGCCCAAAGCAGACUGCGGAAGUCGUCUUCAAGGAAAAUCAGGAAAAGUUUCCUCACCAAAAUUUCCGUCCCCGUACGCUACGGAUUCUACGUGCGUGUGGUUAAUCAAGGUUGACAAAAGCAGCUCCAUAGAGCUAACGUUUACGGAAAUUGACAUUGAGAAAAGCAAGAAAUGUCGUUACGAUAGUUUGGCAAUAUACGAUGGUGCUAACUCUAAAGCACCCGAACUCGGAAGCCUAUGUGGGAACAAGACACCAAAAGCUCCAAUUCGCACAUCCGGGAAUUUUAUGUAUAUUGUGCUUACGUCAGACGAGGCGGAUACUGGCAAAGGUUUCCUAGCAACAUGGAAAGCUGUGUCAAGAGACAUCAAAUGUGGCGGAACGUUCAAGAAUUUGACAGGUCAGAUGUCAACCCCAGACUUCCCAAACAAUUACCCGGCCAAUGUGGAUUGCGAGUGGAUAAUCUCGGUCCCAAUAACUCAUUCUUUGGCGCUCAGUUUCGAGACGUUUGAUAUAGAGAGGAGUGCGAAAUGCUCAUAUGACAGCGUGGAGAUCUGGGAAGGAGCAAAGAAGGACUCACCCUCCCUUGGUCGCUUUUGCGGUACCAAGUCACCUGGAACAAUCAAUGCACAGGGUACAACACUGCGAAUCAAACUUCAUUCAGAUGAAUCAGACACGGCCCGGGGAUUCAAAGCUGCUUGGACGUCAAAAAAUCUUGCUGCGGCAAAACCCGGCGUCCGUUUAUGUGGCACAAGUGCAGUCGGCACUCGUAUUGUUGGAGGUGUGGUAGCGAAGGCAGGGGCGUGGCCUUGGCAAGUAGCGUUGCUAUGGAACAAGGGAUAUGACAAGGGCGUUCACUUCUGUGGGGGCUCACUGAUCAGUAACGAGUGGGUAUUGACCGCUGCCCAUUGCUUUGAAAUCACAAAAGACAAGACAAUGUACAAGUUGAGGCUUGGUGAGCAUCUUCUUAACAAAACCGAAGGAACAGAACAAGACUUUCUUAUAGACAGAUACUACAUUCAUCCGAAUUACAACGAACGCACGACUGACAACGAUGUGGCCUUAAUCAAGCUGAAUAAACCUGCCAUUCUGAACAAGAGGGUAAACACGAUAUGUCUUCCUGAACCAGACGAUGAGUUCAAUCCUGGUACAGUCUGCACUAUCACUGGGUGGGGUGCAUUGAAAGAGGGAGCGUCAACUUCCAAGGUUCUGAUGCAAGCCAAAGUCCCCAUCGUAUCACAUGACUUGUGUAGACACCGGCAGUCCUACGGCAACAAAAUAACCCCCAACAUGUUGUGUGGGGGGAUGAGACAGGGUGGUGUCGAUUCAUGCCAAGGGGAUUCCGGGGGCCCAUUCGUAUGUAAGAACCCAGAGAACCCCAAGCAGUGGACCCUAGUUGGGGUAACGAGCUGGGGUAAGGGAUGUGCGCGAGCACUUAAAUAUGGUGUUUACGCAAACGUAACGAGGUAUUUGCAUUGGAUCAAUUUUUUGACUGGUAAUCUUCCUACCUCAUCCCCCGAGCCCACAACUUUGCCUCAUCUCCCAGGGGAAAGUGGAGGUACGAUUCCUCCUCUUCCACCCCUUCCAGGUGGGGGCGGGGGUAAAAUUCCUACGCUUCCUCCGCUCCCAGGKGGAAGCGGAGACAAGGUUCCCACUCUCCCUCCACUUCCAGUGUCAGGAGCUGAGAWAGCAACCCCACCUCCAUUGCAGCCGGCAUUUCGGUAAAUGUAGUGUGAUUGUAGCAGUAAUGGUUUCACGUGCUGUAGUAUGUAUGAUAUUAGAGGGAACGCUGUAAAUCCAUGAAAUAAAGAGAAAUUAUU